AUUACCUCCCUCUCCAAGGGUUCCCCCAUUUUGUUCGAUUGAUGUGCGCACUUCAUCCAAAUCUCUUCCAUCGUUUUGUGUUUUUACAUCCGUAGUUUGAUUUUGCACAGUAUUCACCUCCAUCACUGGAUUCGCUGAAGUAUGCUCUACGUUAGAAUCUUCCACUUCCUCUUCUAUUAUAAAUGCUUCAUCAGUAGUCGAAAUUGGUAUAACAGUGCCAUCAAUAUGACUGACAAUGCACUCCUCCCAUUCACUAUCCAUGCCUAAAUCCUUUUGAUCUGCUUCUCCGUAAACACAAUGUGAGCUUUCGUUGCAUACAUUUUUAUCAUUUUCGAUAUUUUCCAGUGCCGCUUGAAGAAUUCGCCUACUUCGACUCGACAUUAUGAUUAUCUACAAAAAAAAGCUCGGGAUAGAAUAUGUUUACAGCAAUGAACGCCUGAAAGUAAAAAACAGCUAAUCAGAUGUUGAACGUUAGGGUACGAACACAAAGAAAGCAGGUUUAUCAGCGCCGACUCUCGACGUCGAAAACCGGCGCCUGUACGAGCACAAAGAAAACAACUAGCCGGGUGCGGACACAAAGAAAGCAUGUUACCUGCUUACUUGUAGUCGACGCUUACAAACGCCAAGAAUUAAGUACGCUUUUGAAAUGUCCCGCACACAGAUAAAACUUGUUGUAACACCCUGUUUAUAGACCUUGAUCCUUUUAUGUUGUAUAAAAUACUACCAAAUCUGCUAGUAUGUCAAUCAUGGUUCAUCAGUAUAAUAGAUAAAAUAGAACUUACCUCAGUUGAACGGUUUCGUUGUAACUAAUAGCAGCAAUAAGCUCAAAAAAGUAAUUCCGUUUAAAUGCUGAAGCACAGUACCUUUCGGAUUCUAACCUCUAAUGUGCACAAACUAGACACGUGGUGAAUGGUCAAAAUCACUUAUGUGUUAGAGAGUCUAACACAUAAGAGGUUUUACAACAACAGCUAUAAUAAUAGAGGUGGAGAAGUCUUCUAUGUGUCAGCACUGGAUGCUUCUGUGUACAUAAGAGAUUUUGCACAAAUGAUUUUUUGUGAUGUGUACAUAGGAGAUUUUAUUUUUUCAGAAUAACACAGGUUAAGCUAAAACAGCACAUAUAGGGUUUUGCCACAUUACAGAGACAUUCAUUACUUUUACGUUGGUAUCAAAAUACCAAUUUCGUAAAAAUUACACAUGAGAGGUUUUUCCACGGCAACGACGAUUUACUUGUUUGCUGUGGUUGUGGUGAAGUAGUGGUAUGUGGGAAGUAUUUUGAUUUGAAUUUCUACCUAUUCAUAGUAAUGUAUGUUGCGUAACUAACUUUUAAGGAUAAUGAAUCAAAUUAGUAUACAUACAAAGCAAAAGCUGCCAUAAAACUUUUUUCACAUUGCUAAUUUUUGUACGUUUCGCAGGUCAGUUAUGGUUGGCCUAAGGAUAUGUAUUUUAGUAAAUUAUAAAUUAUCAAGUGCUUACAGUUGUUUCAUUAUAAUGUCCUGUUGCAAUGCAAGACUAUUUGAGAAAUAUAUUGACUUCCAUAUCAUAACUAACGAAAAAGAUUAAAUAAAUGAUAACUCUGAAAGUACUGUCACGAUUUUUAUGAAGUUUUGACCCUAGGUUACUAUUAUAAAAAUGAUGAAAAAGCUCUAGAAGUUUUUGAACAUCGGUACCGUGGCGGUGGAACUAUCGUCGAAAAACGAAAGCUUUUAUUGCAGAGCAUAAUAUCGCAAUAAAUGUGUCGGAUCAUCUUAGCGAACUCAUAAAAUCUAUUUGCUUGUCUGGAAUGGAGACUAGCCAGUAGGCUGAACUAAUGUACGGCAAUCAUAAACAAUGUAUUAGGGAAAAUAAAUUUUGAAAAUCUUAUUACUAACUUAAAUUUUCAUGAUUAGUUGACGAAUCGACGGAUUUGUCAUCCGAAAAACAUUUAGCACUUGUUUUCCGGUACAUUAAAAAUUUUAAUAGAUAGGAUCAUUUUCUCGGCCUUAUUUUGGUUGAAAACGCUUUAGCCCAAAAUUUAUACAAUGUCAUUAUAAGUUCUUUUUUUCGAAAAUAAAAUACCAUACAAAUAGGCGGAUUUGCAGCAGAUGGGGCAAAUGCUAUGAGGGAGCACAUUAUUCGCUUAAAACUGUUUUAAUUAACGAUAUACUGGAUUUAUAUGUCAUGAAGUGUACAUGCCAAUCUUUAGCUCUUUGUGCCUCUCCUGCUUGCGAACAAUUACCGGACGAUGCAGAAAAGUUGCAACAAACCGAACAAAUCAGUGUAAACGUUUUGUGGGAACAAGAGCAUGUUAAAAAGUGGUUAAAAUUGUGGCUUAAAAACUCAAGCUUCCAGUGAAAUGAACCCUUCAAAAAUACUAUCUAUUAGAGAUUUUAUAAUAUAGGAUCAUCAAUAAUGCUCCGAAUCUGAUUCUUUGAAGGCAUUAGAUAAAAACAAUGCAGUGUUCAUCUGGGAAGAUUAUUCCAAUCUAUUCCAAUGGUUUCCAAUUCGAACUUGAGUGGUUUGUCAACAGAAUUGCUGAUAAAAAUUUUCAGCUAUGCGGAUAUUCCUGAUUUAUGUCGCUUAAAGCAAACAUGCAGAAGAUUCAAUUCAAUCAUCAGUUCUUGGGACCACAUUAUCUUGAAAGAUAUACCAUUGCCUUUGGCAACAAAUCAGAUGAGCAAUAUAUUCCUUUCAAAAUGCUCUCAUAAAUUGACAACUCUGGAGAAACUGAGAAUAUCAAAAAAUUGGACUAUAGGUAAAUACUAUGAAAAGUCAUUACUGUGUGUUAAGAAGAAAUUCAUGCCAUGGUUACAGCUGGAAGAAAAAUGUAUUUGGCUAAGCAGAGGCCGCUUUGUAUUCUGUUACCACAGAAAAGGAUCCUAUGUAAAACUGAAACCAAUUUAUUAUUACCAUCGAGAAACAAAUUCAGAUGUUGCACAUUUCCAAAAGAAAGGAAACACUUUAGUUUGUGGUUUGAGGGAUGGCAGUUUAUGUAUAAACAAUACUGUACAAAGAUCAUCAAGGUUCUUAAGAUCAUGCCAUGAAUCAGAUGUAAACUCUGUAGAUAUCAAUACAAAUGAAAAUAUAGUAGUAUCAGGAGGUAGAGACAACUGGUUCAAAGUAUGGAAACGAAAUAUAGAAACCAAUGAGGUGGCCUUAACAUAUGAAAAUAAUCUACAAGAUAGAAUAUGGAAAGUGGCUAUAUUAGAUGAAGGACCAUUAUUGGCUAUUGGAACUUCAGCUAACAAUAAUAUAAACUCAAUUUUCAUAAAUGAUAUACAAAGAGCCACAAACAUUUUGCAGUUAUCAUGCUGUGAAUACAACCAUGGGGUUCUAGACAUGAAGUGGGAUGGUCCACAUUGUGUGUGGUCAUGUGGCUAUGACACAUAUCUAAGAAAAUGGGAUCUCAGGACAGGAAAUUGUGUUCAAAUUUAUAAGGACCCCCAUGCCUCAGCCUUAUAUUGUCUGGAUUAUGAUUAUUGCAAUACUGUCAUGACUGGUACACAGUUGCAUGGAAGGGUCAUCUUAUGGGAUGUAAGACAAAAAAAUAGCGUUCAGUUAUUCUUCAUGGAAUCCUGUAAAAGCAGGGGACUUGGACGAAAUUCCCCCGUUUACAGCUUAGCAUUUGAGGCAGAAUACCUCUUUACAGCAACGGACCAAAACCUCAAUGUUCUGAACUUCUCUGGAUAUAAUGGAGCAAUUCAUGAUUACUCUGACUGUUGUAAAUAAUUUGUGAUUUUAUUUUGUGUAAAAAUAUUUUUGUAUUGCUUUCAUAUUGAAUUUUUGUUCGUUUUUAAGUUUUUUUUUUUGAACUGGUUGCUUAUCAUAGCAGCAUGUCCAAACCUAAAUGAUUUUAGGUUUUUGGAUACAAAAAAAAAUCCAAUUCGUGGUUUUAAGACCAGAAUAAACUUUUAUCUUCGCUCCUGAUUUUUGUUUUGUUAAAUUGGAUAGUACUAUAUAAGAACCGAAAGUUGUUGAAAUAAGGACAGAUAAGGUAAACACUAUGUUUACAAGAAGGCCGAGUUGAACAUCCUUCUUUAAUAAUCAUUAUAAAUCCUAGCACAUCCCCCUUUUGUGGUUGUUCCUGGUGGACGACCCGAUUGCCAUUAUUCGCCUGUGGGAGGCCAAAGUUCAGGCAUAUGCGGAUGAAUCUAGUCGUUUUGGUCAAGGGGACAUCUGAGAAAAAUAUCUCGGAAACGCUCCAGGAAGUGUUAACCGCAUUAGCGGAUUGGUGCGUGCGGCAGGGGUAUUACGUAACUUGAAAAGUGACAUUGUCGGUUUUUUUACAUUAAUAUGUACUUCCCUACAAGAUGUCAACUAGGAACUAGCUGUCGUUCACUUCAUGCUCACUUGUAGCAGGCGUGGUAUGAACUAUUUGCUCACUACCAGCUAUCUAGUCAACAAGUUUGGGCUUUUACGUAAUAACCCUGCAGAAAGGAAUGUCAGCUACAGAAAAUGGUCAUAGUAUCUUUCACUAGCGCACUACAGAGAGAAGCUUGCAUGUUGGUUAUCGAAGCUUUUUGCACAAUAACAUGUGGUUAUGGAGGUUCUUUUCAACUUACCACUCUUGCACAUAUACCUGGAAGGUAAGGCAAGGAUAACCUGUAGGCUACAUCCAUCGACUUUAAAACUUUAAAACUUGUUUCAAAGUCGAUGGCUACAUCAUGUGGCAAAUGGUAUAAUGGACAAUGUCACUAUAGAGCAGGAAACUGAAAUGUUACUGGACGUACAAAACCUCCAGUCUGGGAAUGCCAAAAAUAAGAUAUGCUAAAUUCUACUUGGUGAUAAUUGUUCAAAGGAAUGAGUGGGAGCAAUAAAUAGGUCUACUAAGGAAAGAUAUCAGUUAUACACAGAUGGCUCCAAGACCUAAGUAUAGGCGUAUUCUUUAAUUCACCGGUUCUAACCAGUUAGCCAAUUUUGCUUCCUUUAAUUUCCGUAUGAACGACCGGGUAUAUAUAUAUAGACAAGUUUGGCUCAACCGGUGAAUUAAAGAAUACGCCUUAUGUUAGGGCUAGUAUCUUGGUGCCAAAGCUAAAGAUUGAGUCAGCCUUGGAAACGGAGCAUCAAUUUUCCAGGCAGAGCUGUACGCUACAGAACUGUGUGCCAGAACGAUUGCAGAAAGACAAUUGAAACACAGGACUAUAGAUAUUUUUCGAAUAGUCAAGUCGCGCUUCAAGCACUUGGCUCCACCUUCUGAACAUCAAAAUAAGUGUGGAAUUGUAAAGCUCUUGGUAGCAUACGAGAUUAAAAUACGGUUCUCAUACGGAUACCAGGACAUACAGGUCUGAAGGGUAACGAGACUGCAGAAACUGUGGUAAAGGGUGGGGCUAGCAGAAACUAUGGCACAGGGUGUGGUUAGCACAAUACCCCUCAUAGGGCCUGAACCAGCGAUCAGGAUCGCGUACAAUAUGGCUAAGCAGUCUCUGUAGAGUUGGAAAGAUCUACCAACGAUUGGAGCGAUUAACAGGGCUAGCCUAUGCUAAACUUUAAAAAAUGGCGUUAAGUAGGUUGACUCUGCAGUUCCGUUGUCAUCAGUUUAAAAACGAUUAUGUUCGGCCACAGCCGACGUCAACUACGAGCCGUGAUGAAAGAAACGCAACACCGCGCUCGGACGGCAUGGUAGUGCUACCUGUGAACGUCGGCCGCCAGCGGCUGUGGCUGGGUGCUCCGUCUCCGUGUAACGUUCAAGAACUAAAUUUAAUUUUGGAAAAGAGGACAGUUCGAUUCGAUACAAAUCGUCUGAAUAUGAAAUAGCUCUAAAAACUUUAAAAAUAUGAAAUAAUCGUGAUAUAUAUGAGUCGCUAAUGUAGUUAACCUAAUUAAAAGUAUUUUGUUUACGUUUUUUGGUGUCAGCACACUGUGUUCCAACAGGCCCAGCUGUUUGUUUUUAAUACAUUUACUUUCAGUUUUACUGUUAUUUUUCAAUUUUACAUACUCAUUCAAAAUUAUGUUUGAAAAAAUAGACAAAAGCUUAGAUAAAAUAUCUGCAUAAUUGCGGCCACAGAUACAAGUUAAAGAAAAUUCACUGUAUAUAAAGUCAGACUGAAUGCUGGGCAAGGUUAACUGACACAAAAUAAAUUUUUGAUUAUUGCUUUUCAAGAAGAAAAUUUCCAAUCUAUCUACAUUAAUAAUAGAUUCAAAAAUGGCAUACAUAUGGUAGAAUAUGAUUGGUACAUAACUGGUUGGAAUUCACAGUCCUCCUCUUUGCAAAUGAUCAAAAUAAACAUUUGUUGUUAAUGAACCUUUUUCUUUAACUAUUAGCGAUUUGCAUAUCUCGCAGUUUAGGUUUUUAGAGAUAGUGUGUGAAGCAUAUCCAGAUAUAUAAGUCUUAGUACUAUCCUCUAUGUCACAAUUGGCUAAGUAAUUUGUCUCAAAUACUUGAAUAUAUCCAAAACUUCAGGAUUUUGUUUGGUAUCCAAGAAAUCAAAAUUUUCUUGAGUUUCUAAGCAGUAUUGGAACCUUGUUUUAAUUUCUGCUAAAGAAAAUGAC